CACGAGUUCUUAGUUUGCGCAGAGCCGCCGUAGAGUAAGGAUGUGCUGUGUCGUUCGUCGCUUGCAUCAGUGAAAGAAGACAGAGAGAAAUUAAAUCUGCAGUGCUUCUCUACAUUAUUUACAAGCAUCAUCCGUGUCUUAAGAAUAUUUCCAAGCUAAUCCGGCGGCUGAUAAAUGAACGCACACCAUGACAUCCCGUAAAAACUUGGCCCUUAUAAUAACGAUAGUACUGGGAAUUUUCGCAAUUAACACGCACGCCAGAUCUUGGGAUUUGGCGAUAGUGAUAGGGCGUGAAGUUGAAUUCUUCUCAAGAAAUAAAACUCUAAUCGGCCAGGCGAAGUUGGCGGAAGCUGCCACCCUUUGGGGAGUGGCUUAUGAUGAUAUUACUCGAACAAUGUAUUUCAGUGAUGUGGGUAACAAUAACAUAUCCAUAUUCAGUAACGACCUGAGGGAUAAGAAUUUUACUGUGAAACCGAUUCUUAAAAGACAAGGCAAGAGUUACAUUGUAGGACUUGCCUUCGACGUAAAGACGCGAACCCUGUUCUGGAGUGACGCUUUGGAAAGGGUGAUUAUGAAGAUGCGCGUACCACUAGAUGGGCCACCAGAGAAACCAAUACUGCUUCACAAUUUGACGAAUCUGAGUCCACGCGGCAUAGCUCUGGACACAUGUAACAGUCACAUAUACUGGGUAAAUAGUAAUGAUACAAAUCCAAGUAUCGAGCGGUCAAAUCUAGACGGAAGUAAUCGAAUGACCGUGAUCAAAGACAAUUUAUAUGAACCGCUGGCUGUGACUAUAGAUCAUGUCAACGAAAAGCUUUAUUGGAUCGACGAUGUUGAAGGUAUACGAAUGAAGAUCGAGCGUAGCAAUCUCGAUGGUACUGAUCGUGAACUAUUGAUACACCCUAAACGACAUGAACCAGUUCACCUAGCAAUAGAUCGUGAUUCGAUAUAUUGGUCCGAUUUGGUUCACAAAGCUGUUUGGAUGAUACCGAAAAACGAGAAAUCUGACAAUAUACCAAUCAUGUUUCGCUCGUACCAUUUGAGUCAAGAUACCGAUCCAACUGGAAUCGUAACACGUGAUAAUGUCGGCAAAGUAGAUUGCGCGGCAAUUGCGAAAGUAAGACAGAAAACCAGCUUGGCGAACAUAACGUUCGCUCAAAUAGUAAAACCGUAUAAUAAUUUGACAACCAGCACGGAGGAAUCGGAAUUGACCACCGAACCGUCCAAGUACUGCCUAAAUGAUGGUUUUAUGGAUGAUCAGGAAGGCACUUGCCAGUGCAGACUUGGGUUCACUGGAACGUAUUGCGAGACGGAUCUUUGUCAUAAUUAUUGCUUCCGAGGCAGCUGUAGAAUAAACAGUAAUGGGUUACCCACGUGUAAGUGCAAUGACACAUUUAUUGGACCAAGAUGCGAAAUAGACCUGUGCAAAGAUUAUUGCUUGCAUAACGGUCAGUGUUCCGUCCAGAAUGAGAAACCAGUUUGUAAAUGUAAAUAUUUCGAAGGAUCUCGUUGCGAAAUUUUAAGCAAUAUUACUAAACUCUGUGAAGUAUUUUGUGCAAACACUGAAUCAGUUCCUACUAGCGUCGCUACUGCUAACUGCAGGUGCGCUGAAGAAAAUGAAAGAGUUGCACAAAUAGUCACAAUUACAAAAAACGACGAAUACAGGACACUGCUACCAAUUUUAGGUGUGUUCGUUGCUGUACUUAUCCUCGUGAUAAUUGUACUUAGUUAUUAUGUAAAUAAAUUUCGAAAGCGGCCACGCAUCAAAAAACGUUUCGUUGUCAGUAAAGGCGGUGUGACACCGCUUACGUCUCGGCCACAGCUGCCAGAUAGUCAGUGUGAAAUAACCAUAGAGAACUGCUGCAACAUGAAUAUCUGUGAAACUCCAUGUUUCGAACCAAAAUUACGUGCCUCGGCGCAGGGAACAAAUGGUUCUAAGAAAGAGGAGAAGAACUCUUUGCUCGAUAAUAUGGAAGAAAAUUCAUGGUAGCAUAAACUAAUAUUUCGACGUGUCAAUUGGCGAAGAUUUUGUGGACUUGACGGAAAUCCCGUGAAAAGUUUAGCUUCGCGGAACUGCACGUCUGUACAUACCGCAAAAUGCUGUAGUAUUAUUGUUAUGUUUAAUAACGAUGCUUACGAGAUGUACGGCAAUACCGUAACGAUGAUACAGUCAAAAAAAAAAAAAAGCCAAAGGUCUUUUCGAGGACUCUUAAUUUUUAUUAUGUCAUAUAAUCUGUAGGGCUGUGUUCAUAUAAAGAUUAUUUCAUCUAGUUGUUAAAGGGU